UCCAUCAACACAGGAAGAAAAUGUGUUUGAUCAGCAGAUAACAAGUAUUGAUCAGGAGGAACUAUGCGUCAGUGGAUUUGAUGAGUGCGCGAGUCAUGGACGCUUCCCCGUCUUUGCUGUGGCAGUAUGUGUUCUCGCCUGCAAACAUUGUGGGUUUGAUUGCAUUUGUGAUUGUUUUCUGUAUGCUGCAACAGUAUGCGUGGCAUCAGACAUACGCCAACAUCCCUCCGGGUCCAAAGCCAUGGCCCAUCGUGGGAAACUUCGGCGGUUUCCUUGUGCCUUCGUUUAUUUUAAGACGACUUGCAAAGAAUCGCAAAGAGUUUGCAAAGAUGGCCUCGAAUCCGCUGUCACCUCAGGCUGGACUCAUGGAGAUGUCCAAACUCUAUGGGAACAUAUUCAGCAUUUUUGUUGGGCCUCAGCUCAUGGUCGUGCUGACAGGAUAUGACACUGUCCGGGACGCGAUGUUGAACCAUCCGGAGGUCUUCUCGGACAGACCGCAUAUACCGCUCGUAACGAUUAUCACCAAGAGGAAAGGGAUUGUGUUUGCACCGUAUGGCCCGCUGUGGCGCACAAACCGUAAGUUCUGUCACAGCACUCUGCGCAGCUUUGGCUUUGGCAAGCUGAGUCUGGAGCCGUGCAUCCUCGAAGGCCUGACCAUGAUUAAAACAGAACUGCUGAGCCUCAUCGAAAAAGCAGGGCCUUCUGGUAUCGAUCUGACUCCCCUCAUCAGCAAUGCUGUCUCCAACGUCAUCUCCUCCAUGAGUCUGGGUCAGCGUUUCCAUCACCAGGACCAGGAGUUCCGCACCAUGCUGGAUCUCAUGUCUCACGGGCUGGAGAUUAGCGUCAGCACAUCCAUUUUGCUGAUCAAUGUCUUUCCCUGGCUCUACUACCUGCCCUGCGGCGUUUUCAAAGAGCUGCGGCGCGCGGAGAUCGACAUCACAGCCUUCCUGAAGAAGAUCAUCGUGAAGCACAGGGCCACGCUGGAUCCGGAGAAUCCCAGGGAUUUCAUAGACAUGUAUCUGGUGGAGAUGCUGGCCCAGCAAAACGGCGAUAAUUCAGAAGAGAGCUUGUUCUCAGAGGACGAUCUCUUCUACAUCAUUGGAGACCUCUUUAUUGCAGGCACUGAUACUACCACAAACAGCGUGCUGUGGAGUAUUCUCUAUAUGUCCUUGUAUCCUGAUGUGCAAGAGAAGGUUCAGCAGGAGAUUGAAGGGGUGGUGGGAUCUGAGAGAGUCCCAUCUCUGACUGAUAAGGGCAGUUUGCCGUACACAGAAGCCACCAUUAUGGAGGUGCAGAGGAUGACUGUAGUAGUUCCUCUGUCUAUACCCCACAUGGCCUCGGAAACCACAGAAUUCCGAGGAUACACUAUUCCUAAAGGAACAGUUAUCAUCCCAAACCUCUGGUCAGUACACAGGGAUCCCACCGUGUGGGAAAAUCCUGAUGACUUCAAUCCAGGCAGAUUUCUGGAUGAACAGGGAAAACUCCUCAGGAAAGAUUGCUUUAUUCCAUUUGGAAUAGGUCGCAGGGUGUGCAUGGGAGAGCAGCUGGCUAAGAUGGAGCUGUUUCUGAUGUUUACCAGCCUGAUGCAGGCCUUCACAUUCAGGUUUCCUGAGGGUAAAUCUGCUCCAUCCAUGCAUGGACGCUUUGGCCUGACUCUGGCUCCGUGCCCAUAUACUGUCUGUGUGAAAGCACGCUGAACAGCCUUUAAAAAAAGAGGCAUUUCUCAAACAGUCAUCACUGGGAAGCAAAUUGCACGGGUUGUCCAUUAAGAAGAAUUGUCAUUUGGACCAUAAAUGAAGUAAGGGCCUUUGUGGUUGCAUGAUCAAGCAAAAGGUCUGAGAUUAUUUUAUGUAAUAUUUUUCUGAACAAUUUCAAGAAAUAAGAACAUAUGGCUAAGUAUUAUAUCAGCAUAUUUUAGUCUUAUUAUUACAUUUAUUUUAAAAUAUUCAUUUCAUAAUCCAAUAAAACCUAAUUGUUUUUUUUUUAGGUUUUGAGAUUAGUUUAUAUAUGAAAUGUUCCUGAACAAUUUCAAGAAAUAAGAACUAAGUAUUAUAUCAACAUAUUUUAGUUUUAAAAUUUAGUUUUAUUAUUACGUUUAUUUUAAAAUAUUCAUUUCAUUAUCUGAUAACUGAACUGUUUUUCUCUCAAAAUUAUUACUUACUGUACUGUACUGUACUGUGCUAUGAGACUGUUAUGCAUUUUUUUUAAGAAUUAUUGCAGAAAACUCUUUCAAAUUUGUUUUAGUGCUGUCAUAAAAACAUGAAUGGGUGUUCAACAAUGGACCUGAAAUGAGAUCCUUUGAAAUACUGGGAUUAAAGCUCUCUUAAAACAGCACUCACUAAUUUCAGUUUGUCUACUAAUAAUGUAUUAUGUAUCAUGUUUGAAGUCAUUUUGUGGUGGAAAUUAAAAUUGAAAUAUUUUUUGAAUAAAAUGGCCAGUCUUGCUAAGGCUAAUUUCAUAGCUAGAAUUUCAUGUCCAAUGCACAUGCUAUUUUCACACUUUUUGUAUUAUUUGACAAAAAUACUGCUUGACUGGAAAUGAUGCACAAUAAAAUAUCCCGCUGGAA